AUGGAGACUUCUGGUUCGUCUUCGGUUGAGAAGUCAGAGGAGAAGGCCAAUGAUUCUGAAGAGAAGCCUAAAGAUGGAGAACCUGAAGCACCUGACAUGCCCAUGAAACGCCCUGCUGCCAAAGCGACUGCUAAGCCAAAGAAGAAAAAAGAAGAUGAUUCCGAAGUGACCCGCCUUGGAAAGUGCAAGGGCAAUACCGAUGACGACGACGACGCUGAUGCUGGACCUGCAGAAACAUCCAAGCGCUCAAAGAGGAGGAAGAAGGACAAGGAUGACGAGACAAAGACCCGAGGCAAGAGCAAGAAAGACAAGGAUAGGAAAGGAAGUAGAGGUAGAAGAGAGAAGCGGUCUGGGAAAAAGCAUGCUGAUGGCUCAUCUACUACCUCUAGCGGUGAGUCUGACCCCGGUGAAACUGAUACCAAUGGACAGGUUAGAGUUACUGAGGACAUGCUGGCACAAGCCAUGAAGCGUGCAAAGGAUGCGCAAGAUAGAGCCGAGGGACGCAAGGUGCCAAUGGAGAACCUUGAGGAAGGCGUUGGUGUGGUCACUUCCAACGUUUCCAACAAGGCCAAUGUGGAAGCCGCAGGUGAAACGGGAGCUACGCCCAUGGCAACUACGCCAACGGCAACUACGCCCAUGGCAACUACGCCCAUGACAAUGCCCAAGGCAACUAUGCCCAUGGCAGCUAAGCCCAUGGAAGCUACGCCCAUGGCAGCUACGCCCAUGACAAUGCCCACGGCAGCUACGCCCAUGGCAGCUACGCCCAUGGCAACUACGCCCAUGGCAACUACGCCCACCAUGCCCAUGGCAGCUACGCCCAUGGCAGCUACGCCCAUGCCAAUGCCCACGGCAGCUACGCCCAUGGCAGCUACGCCCAUGGCAACUACGCCCAUGGCAACUGAGCCUAUGGCAGCUACGCCCAUGCCAAUGCCCACGGCAGCUACGCCCAUGGCAGCUAUGCCCAAGGCAACUACGCCCAUGGCAACUGAGCCUAUGGCAGCUAUGCCCAUGACAAUGCCCAUGGCAACUGCGUUUGUGGCAACUACGCCAAAAGGUGGCCCACCGCAACCUCCUGUGGCUGCACCAUAUGGACCUCCACCUGGACAACCUGUGAUGCCUGUCCCACCUGGACGUGUCGAGCCACCUGAACGUGUCGAGCGACCUGGACGUGUCGAGCCACCUGGAGGACAUGUCGAGCCACCUGGACCUGUCAAGCCCCAUGUUGUCCCUGCACUUUUCCGUGGGCCUGCUGUGCAUGCACCGCCUGCUCAGUAUGAGAUGACUGGUGAGUACAUCGACGUCCUCUGCGAGCCCGAUGCCGAGACAACAACAUCAUCCUCAUGGCGAGGAUUAGCAGAUGCAGAGGCAACAAAAAGACGAAAGCUGGUCGAGAAGGCCGCCAUCAAGCCGAAAGCAAUGCCCAAACAAGAGCGUGACUACAAUUCAGAGCCUGAGUACAAACCAGAGCCUGAGUACAAACCAGAGCCUGAGUACAGUGACUACUACAAUGGCAACGAACCAGAGCCUGAGUACAAACCAGAGCCUGAGUACAGUGACUACUACAAUGGCAACGAGGGCUACAACAAGCGGUGGGAAGGGACAUGGACUGAGAAGAGGCAAUGGAAGAGUGAGACAGAGGAGAGCUGGAGCUCCUAUUGGUAA